AUAAUCUAUAGAGAUCCGUAAUGAAAAAAGGUAGAAAGAAAUCGUUUCUUUUUCCUUGCGAGAUUGAAGCUGUAGCAGGGACCCUAACUCUGGCAUUGGUGGGACAGAAAUUCAAAUGGUGUGAUAGUAAGGAACUCUUCAAGAAGGAAAAUCCGAUGCGACCUCUGAGCGCCAAGCCUGAAGUACGAAGGGCAACACCCUGGAAGGAAACUUUUAGUUGACAAGCUUGAGAUUGAGGACUGAUUCGAAACACACAAGUAAAAGACAAAGAUGGAUUUGUCAGAUGAUGAGAGAAAGGAGGAAGGAAAGCCGUGGAAGGAAAACACUAAAAUCUGUCUGGAGAAGACGAGGGAAAGAGUGUCGGAAUGUGCCGCUAAAGGUAAAUAUGUCAUAAGAUGAACCGUUUUCAGCAAAAUAAAGAGAGUAAAGGCCCUGGUAGAAGAGCGGGAAGUGGAUCAAUAUUCCGGGAGAGGAAGAGGGAGGAAAAGGGCACGCCGGAAAAAGACGCUCCACCCCUUGUCUCUCUCUCUUUCUCUCUCGUUGCUCGCUCAAAUCAAAUCUUUCUGUCUGUUCAUCGUCGUAUGAUGAGAUGAAGAAGAAUUUCAGGAAGAGAAGAGCGGAGGAAGAAGAUCGUGCUUCUGAAGACGAAGAAGAAAGGAGGUUGGCGCUAGAGGAGGUCAAGUUCCUGCAGAGGCAGAGAGAGAGGAAAUCCGGCAUCCCAGCGAUCCCCAUUGCACAACCUGCUGCGGUUGUUCCGAAACCUAGCGAGAAGAAUGAAGGGGACGGCGAAAAGGAAGAGUUGGUAUUGCAGGACACUUUCGCUCAGGAGACUGCCGUUACCGUGGAAGACCCCAACAUGUUAAAGUAUGUGGAGCAAGAGUUAGCGAAGAAGAGAGGAAAGAAUGUUGGUACGACAGAUCAAGCUGAGAAGGAAGCAAAACAUGCAGAAGAUCAGCUUUAUAUUAUCCCAGAACAUCUCAAGGUGAAGAGAAGAAAUUCAGAAGAAAGUUCUACUCAGUGGACUACAGGAAUUGCCGAAGUUCAGCUCCCUAUUGAAUACAAAUUAAGAAACAUAGAAGAAACUGAGGCAGCCAAGAAAUUGUUGCAAGACAAGCAGCUUGCUGGUCGGACUAAGUCAGAUUCAAGCAUACCUUCGAGUUUCAGUGCAGAUUACUUCCAGCGAGGUCGUGAUUAUGCUGAAAAACUUCGCAGAGACCAUCCAGAAUUAUACAAGGAUCGGGGAGCAAACGAAGGCGGUCGUGCAUUUAAAUCCUCAGAGAAUAAUGUAGAUGGAGGUCGGAGACAAGCAGCCACUGAUGAGUUCAUGCUAGAAAGGUUCCGAAAGCGGGAACGCCACCGUGUCAUGCGCAGAUAGUUCAGGCCUGUCAGUUGCAGAGGAACUUAUCAUUAGAUCACGUCAUCACAAUAUGUUAUUUAGCUGGUUUCUGUGGAGAUGGUUGCCUACCAACGUUUACUCUGUUGUUCCCGAUUCCAUGUAUGCAUAAUAUAAAUCUUUAUAUUGAAAUUGAUAAAAUCAGAUCAAUCUUUGUUCUUAA